UAGAGCACCACUUCCGUCACAGAGUUAUUACGACACCACGUCUAGCUGUUGGAUUUUGCAGGACUUUAAAAAUGGAUUGUAAAGUUCAGCAAAAGUAACGAAGCUCAUCUAGACAAAUUAGCGAUGGAAGACGAGUGGGAAGAAGAGGAACAGUUAGUAGUGGCUGAACUCUCUGGAAUGAUUGACUCGGAUGUCCUUAGUAAAUGUCAAGGAACGUGUAAGAUCGUAGGCGUCGACAGCGAGCAGCCCAUGAUGCAGGUGGGGCGGUAUGUCUUCGCCGGAGAAUACGAGGAUGCUGUGGGUACUUGUGUGAUUUUUGAAGAGGACCACGGAGGUUCGAGUCCGGUACUAAGGUACAAGUGUCACACCAUGAAGAAACUGAUGCUUCAAAGAACCUUCCUGUCAGAGAGGAAAGAAGGAGAGCCCAACUCCGGGGGGAUUGAGAUACUUUCUUUGAACGAAGGGGAAAUAUCCGGACGAUCUAGCACGGUGUGUCACUAUGUUCUGGAUCCAAAGGAGCUGGAGAGACUAAAGGCAGCUGAAAACGACGAAGGCCCUGGAAUCAGCGACGAAUCAGAUACGGCAGAGACAGAGCAAGGUUCCACAAACGAGGACAAUAUAAAAACGUGACUGAAACAACUGAAAAUGUUACUUAAACCAGUUUGACCCAUACAGAGCAGUGCCAAUAAUGUUUAGCCCACAUUAUUGUUUACUAAUAGUAAGGAUGAACAAUGCUAAAAAUUAGUAUACUGGCUUGUAAUUAGCCUAUACUAGUUGUUUUACACAGAGACGAGAUGCAAGUUCCUUAUCAAAGACCUCGUUGAUUUGGUUUUAAUAAACACGCAUUUUAGGAUA